UGCAGAAUAAGCAAAAGAAGAACACGACGCCGCCUGGAGAUUUGAUUGCCCUCCGACUUCGCUUGUUUCUCGAGAUCAGUAAUCUAUUGCUUCUCGUAUGCAGUUCUUUAAUUCGCUGUAGCCACUGCGGAAUUAUUGCCGACGAGAAAUAAGAGGAGAAGGCUGAGAGAACGAAGAGUGGGAGUCAAAGCAGUAGGUGUGGGGAGGAGCGGCCGCCCUCCGAUCCUUCGGAGCUGCGAGAAGUUCCGCCAAAAUCUGAGGUUUUGGAGGCAGAAUUGGGUCUGCGCCGCCUCGACUUCCGCCAGGAUCGAUCCUUCGUAGCUCGAUUCGCCCGGGAUCGUGGGUCGUUCGUACUUCCUCGAGACGCUUGCUUCCAGUGUACGGGUAAGGGUUGGAGAAUUUGUCGUUCUCGGUUAGGGAUUGCCCUUGCCCUGUGUUUAUAGGGGGAUUUUGAGCAGAGGGGGGUUCUGGAUUCUUCGUUGUCGUGUGGCCAUGUGGACUUUAGCAGCCUUCUAGGGUUGGAAAGUUGAGAUUUUUCUGGGAUCAUUUUUGGGUCUUUUCUGGUGCUCGGUGCCGGCGGUGGCCAUGAUGGUGAUGGUGUAUGGGGAGUAGCAUAGAUGGGGUUGGAUUCGAAGAUGGUAAGCUAACCGCAGCCGGGAUGCCGAGCUUUGUUUCGUCCACGACGGUGGUUCAGAACAACAGAGAAGGAAACACGACACAGAGAAUUUCAGACUUUGGCGUGCUCGAGCAGUCUAUCACAUUUCAUAUAGGUUCUGCCUCUGGCCUCCUAUAUCCAGCAGUUACUGUGAAACAUAGUGGACAAUCUAUAAAUUCUGACCCUUCUCAAUUUGGAGUUCUUGGUAAACAGCCUAUUGCUUCCACUGAAAUUGCACCUUCAGCAGCUAGAGUUGAAUCUUUGACAUCAUUCCAACAUAAGGAAAAGCUACACAGCUUAAUAUCAUUUUCCAGUGGUCAAUUUGAGAAUUGGGGAGAGUCAAUGGCAGAUGCUAGUCCUAGAACAGAUACCUCCACAGACGUGGACACUGAUGACAAAAAUCAGAGGUUAGAACGAGGACAACUUGCUUUUGCAGCAGCAUCUGAUUCUAGUGACAGGUCGAAGGACAAAACACUAGACCAGAAGACCCUUCGACGACUUGCCCAAAAUCGUGAAGCUGCCAGGAAGAGUAGGUUAAGAAAAAAGGCUUACGUGCAACAGCUAGAAAGUAGUAGACUGAAGCUUACUCAACUUGAGCAGGAGCUUCAAAAAGCUCGUCACCAGGGAAUUUUUAUUUCUAACUCAGGAGAUCAAUCCCAUGCUACGGGUGGAAAUGGGGCCUUGACCUUUGAUGUAGAAUAUGCACGAUGGCUCGAAGAACAUAAUCGGCAGAUCAGUGAACUGAGGGCUGCAGUGAAUGCUCAUGCCAGUGAAAAUGAUCUUCGUGUUAUUGUUGAUGGUGUCAUGGCGCAUUAUGAUGAGAUAUUUAGGCUUAAGGGCAUUGCUGCCAAGGCAGAUGUGUUUCACAUAUUAUCAGGCAUGUGGAAGACACCAGCUGAAAGGUGUUUCUUGUGGCUGGGGGGUUUCCGUUCAUCUGAGCUUCUAAAGCUACUUGCAAAUCAGUUGGAGCCGCUAACAGAGCAGCAAAUGAUGGGCAUAUGCAACCUCCAGCAGUCAUCACAGCAGGCUGAGGAUGCUCUCUCUCAAGGGAUGGACGCAUUACAGCAAUCAUUGUCAGAAACUUUGGCUGGGUCUCUUGGUCCUUCGGGAACUUCAGGGAAUGUUGCAAAUUACAUGGGUCAGAUGGCUAUGGCAAUGGGGAAACUUGGAACUCUUGAGAAUUUCCUUCACCAGGCAGACAACCUGCGACAGCAAACCCUGCAACAAAUGCACCGGAUAUUAACUACUCGUCAGUCUGCACGGGCACUUCUUGCCAUCAGUGAUUACUUCUCACGUCUUCGUGCCCUGAGCUCUCUGUGGCUUGCUCGGCCCCAGGAGUAAGAAACCCAUUUUAUGUGUUGUUGUUCUAUCCAAGCACAGUGCUUCCUGCUUAAGGGCUUAUUUGCCGAAGUAUUUAUCUUGUGGUUGGUUGUUGGCUCCUCUACUACUGAUGGCUGGAUGAUUGUGCAUUAGUCUCAAGAUUCUCAGGGGAGCUAACCCAGAUCUCGUAGAGCAUGAGUGGUCACCAUCACCAUGCAAUGUACCAUUGCCUGUGUAAGAAAAACUCGUCUGUCAUCUUUGUUUUCAUUGUCUACUUUUGUAAGUCUCAGGUGAAAAUAAAAAUACAAUUGUCACAAUAAUCUAUCAGAUUCGUCGCUAAUGUUUCAUCUGUUUCUUAAUUCAAUCACCUACAAGGAUCAGACCUUGUUUAUUGUAUCCAUGAUGUAGAUGCCACUGCAUUGUUAACUCAGAAGGUUGUGAAGCAUAAAUUGUCGUUUCAUUGA